UCAGGCCAGCGAGGGGGCGGCUCUUCGAGGGUCCAGGGUCAUUUCUGCUGAGGACAUCCUGUUCCUGAUGAGGAGAGACAAGAAGAAGGUGGGGAGAUUAUUAAAAUAUCUUCAGUUCAGAGAUUAUAAAUCCAAACUACUCAAAGCUCUAGAGGACGACGACACGCAGCAGGAAACAGUGUUUGGAGAUAAGGGAGGAGCUGCAGGCGGCGUUGCCGGCGGUAACCAGCGGAGGCAGCGAUUGGCCCAGGACUUUCUGGUGUGGAUGGAUCAGACCGGUGAACUCCUGUCACUGGCUGAGAGACAAGAAGUCGACGCCGUCAAACAGGAGAGGAUGGAGCGUCUGGAGCGUCAGACUCGAUCGAUGGACCAGGCCCAGUACUCGGACUUCUGUGAGAGUCGACAGCUCAGCUUUGCAAAGAAAGCCUCAAAGUUUCGGGACUGGCUCGACUGCAGCGGUUUGGAGCUGAAGCCAAACAACAUCGCCAUGGAGAUCGUGUCAUACCUGGCCUAUGAGACGGUUGCCCAGAUCGUGGAUUUGUCUCUGUUGGUAAAACAGGAAAUGGCAGCAAAGACGAAUCCCAUCAGUCAUGUGAUCUCUGCCAGUUAUAUUCACUACAGCACACACACUGAGGUCAAAAAGGAUCCAGACUCACCUGAGGCAACUCCACCCUCCACUCCAGGCUCCUCCCACUCAUCAAAACCCCUCCCACAGGGGAACGGCAGUCUGGACGGCCGAGCGAGACAAAGGAAACGCAAAAAGAGCUGUCCGGCCACAGUGGAACCUCCCAGCGGAGCCAUCCAGCCCUGUCACAUCAGAGAGGCCAUAAGAAGAUACAACUACAAACACACAAGCUCCUACAGGAGGAAUGGGAUGGCGUUCCUCGCCUGCUGAGGAUCAUCAUCAGACACGUUUCUACCUGCACAGAUUAUUUUUGUUCCAUUGCUUCAAUAAAGAGUUUUCAGUUCCA